AUGGUUUGGUUUCUGCUCCUGGUUGGCAUCGCACUAGCCUCCGAAGUGCCUUCAAAGUCUAUCGCAAAAGAUGCUGAAACAACUUUUGUCAUGUUCGGUACAAGACAUGGAAACAGAAAUCCCGAGAAGUUCCUCCUCGGAGAACCAAAAAAAACCUCCGAUUGGGGAUACGAAGGAGAACUGGAGCUCACAAAGUUCGGUAAAACAGAGACACAUCUUUUGGGUAAAAGCAUAAGAAAGUUUGUUGGAAAGCUGAUUGAUGAUAACUACUUACCGAAACAAGCCAAGUUUUACAGUAGUUCAGCCAACAGAUGCCAAGCUACCAUUCAGACCGUAUUAACUGGUGUUUACAAUCCAGUUAAAUGGGCUGAUUGGAGCGUGUCCUACACCAAUUGGAGUCCAGUUCCUUAUACUAUUGAUGACCCAAUGCUCCGAAUGUACUCUGUAUCCGACUGCCCAACCAGUGAUGCAGCUUGGAAGCCCAUCAGUGAAGACACAUUACCAGAUCUCAAAGAGUUAACAGAGAAGAAAAAGGUUAUUUUGAACUACAUAAAGAACAACACUGGCUGGGAAGCCACAAUCAGUAGCGCUGCCGAUUUGGCUGACAAUUUCAUUCUUAUGGACCUCUAUAAAACAAAAGCAUACCCCGCAUGGAUCGAAAAACCAACACUGACUGGAUAUACAAAAAAGCAGUUGGUUGCAGAAAUCAUGGAAUUUGCUGAGAACCAUCAAAUCAAGUGUGCUGAUUAUGAACCUUGUAGAAACAUGAUGGGAGGGUAUUGGUUGAAAAAAGUUAUUGAACAUCUAAGAACCGCUGGAAAAGGUUCUGGCCCCAACCUUGUAGGAUUCGCUUCGCAUACCGAAGUUACUCUGGCUCUGAUGAAACUCAUGGGGUACGAUAGACCAGAACUUCCAACUUCGGCUGGUUUUGUAAUCGAGCUCAAAAGGGGAACCCAAACCAAAAUCCGCCUUCAUAACCACGAUCCUGUUCCUCGUGAUCAUAUUAUCUACCAAGCAAAACUGAUCCCAAGCGUUGCGCAGUUAGCUGACGCGGCUGGAUGGAUUGAACUCAAUGCCUUUGAGGAUGCCGUUAAGAAAUACGUAAUCGAAGACUGGCAAUCUAAAUGUGGACGCACAUCUUGUAAAACCUUGUAA